AAUUGUUGUGAUAAACUUAUUAAAUAGAUAUAGUGAUGAAUGUUGGUGACAUUCUGCACUUCAAGCCCCCCGAAGUGAAGAGGGACUUGGAGGGGGAUGGGGAAGAAGGGACUGCGGCUACAGGUGGGAUGCCAGCUGCGAAAGUGAGGAAGAAGUUGCAGGAGAUAGAGAGGAGUAGGAAGGAACUGCCCUUCGAACAACUCACUGACCAGGAGAAACUGAAGAUGCUCCAGGCUGCUGAAUCAGAACUGCCAAUGGCCAACAUAUUAGGUGACGAAGUGGAACAGGUGGCAGCAGUGGACAUAGCUUCAAUGAAGAGGACAAUUCAGUCAUUCCAGAAGAAGGUCAACAGGAACCAGGAAGCACGCAUCAAAUUCCCAGACAACCCUGAAAAGUUCAUGCAGACAGAAUUGGAUCUGCAUGAUGAGAUAGUUGAAAUGAGAGCAAUUGCCACCCAGCCUGAGAUAUAUCCUCUUUUGCUCUCGUCCGAGACAGGCGCGCUCAAAACAAUAUUGACUCUCAUCAACCACGAAAACACAGAUGUGAGUGUGGCAGUGAUUGAGUUGCUGCAGGAGUUGAGUGACGUGGACACUCUCAAUGAGUCAGCAGAGGGAGCUCACUUGCUAGUUGAAGAACUGAAUGAGUUGAGGGUGGUGAGUGUGCUUGUGCAGAACAUGGACAGACUGGAUGAAGUGAACAACAAGGAGGAGGCGCAGGCAGUCUUCAACUCACUCGGAGUAGUGGAGAACAUUCUAGAAUUCAAGCCAGAUUUGUCGUUCGAUGUAUCCUCCAGCCAGAAUCUACUGCCUUGGAUCAUCAAGCGCCUCAAGAUGAAAUCGGGAGGAGAUAUCUCAGUGAAAAGUUACGCUUCUGAGAUACUUGCUAUCUUGCUACAGAACAGUGACGACGUGAAACGGCAGCUGGGAGAGUGUGAGGGAAUAGACACUCUGUUGCAGCAGCUUUCUCAGUUCAAGAGGAGGGAUCCGAACUCCUCCGAGGACUCAGAGUUCAUGGAGAACACGUUCGACGGUCUCUGUUCCGCCCUGCUCUGUUCGCCUCCCAACCCCAACAGACAGUACUUCCUAGAGGGAGAGGGUCUGCAAUUGAUGAACUUACUGCUAAGAGAAAAGAAGAGGUCUCGUUUUGGUGCUCUAAAGGUGCUGAACUAUGCUCUGACUGGGAGGGAGGGGGCUGACAACUGUCUCAAGUGGGUGGACAUUCUGGGCUUGAGGACCAUUUUCCCUCUCUUCAUGCGACCUCCAUCCAUCACCAAGGGGUGUGGAUACACAACAGAGCAGUGUGAAGAGCACAUUCUGUCCAUAAUCUAUUGGCUCAUGCGCAACAUCCCAUCUGUCAGUAUCUCAUCAGCAGCUCCUGCUGUCACCUCAUCCGACGAGCCUUCUGCAGUUGCCCCCACCCAGCAGCCGGUGCAGCAGAGGGUGCGUCUGAUGAACAAGUGGGUGGAGAGGGACAUGGAGAAGGUGGACAGACUGAUGGAGCUGCACUUCAAAUACGCACAAAGAGUGAACAACUGCGACAGAAAGAUAGACAGGCAGAGACGGGAGUUGGCGGAGGCUGGAGAGGAAGUGGACGAGGAUGUGGAGGAGGAAUUCUACUUGUUGAGACUGGACUCUGGCUUGUUCACUCUCCAACUAAUCGACUGCAUCAUCUUACAGGCCUCCACCUACCACAAGAAGGUCUCGGAGAAAGUGCACACGAGUUUGAGGCUGCGUGGACACAACAAAGACACAGUUCGGGACGUCAUUAGAGAGUAUGCUUCCAGACUAGGAGACGAGAGAGGGGAGGAAGAGCGGGAGGAGGAACAGAAGAAGCUACUGGAACUCGUGGACGCAUUCUGAACACUCAACCCCUCUGACAUCUCAAUAUGUGGAAUACUGUCCGGUCCAGAUGAUGCGUUAAUACAUUGUCAAUUUGGCGACAGAAAGAAUAGGGAGGAAACCAUGGAAAUAAUAGCGAAAGAACAGCGAAACAUUUUUGAAAACCGAAUUCAAUAGAAUUAAUUGUACGUUUUAUCGUUUGCCGUGAUAUUUGUUGCUGAAGCUUGAAUUGUUCAAAUUGAGUCUUAUCAAUGA